GGUUGACGUAGCCGGAAGGGGCAUCCUUCUCAGGCAGUAGUGUUGUUUUGGGGUUGCUACUGCUUCGGCGUUUGAGGGAAACGUAGACGGAAGGAUGGUAUGCGAAAAAUGUGAAAAGAAACUUGGUACUGUUAUCACUCCAGAUACAUGGAAAGAUGGUGCAAGGAAUACCACAGAAAGUGGUGGAAGAAAGCUGAAUGAAAAUAAAGCUUUGACUUCAAAAAAAGCAAGAUUUGAUCCAUAUGGAAAGAAUAAGUUCUCCACUUGCAGAAUUUGUAAAAGUUCUGUGCACCAACCAGGUUCUCAUUACUGCCAGGGCUGUGCCUACAAAAAGGGCAUCUGUGCAAUGUGUGGAAAAAAGGUUUUGGAUACCAAAAACUACAAGCAAACAUCUGUGUAGAUAUAUUGAUGAAGUUACUGGCUUUCUGUGAUUUUCCUUUCUGUUUUGAAUUUUCAAGGCUUAACAUAGAUGUUCAACUUAAAAAUAACCAAUUUCAGAACAAAUGAUUAAGUUUUAGUGAGGAAAGUUGAUCAGUACUCAUUCUUUUGCUCUCAACAAGUUCUCAAUGCAACAAUGUAACUAGUAUUUGCUUUAAGUGGUUAUUUUUCUUAUAAGCAUUUUUUUGAACUAAAGUAGCAAAUUUAAUGAAAAAGUAUUUCUGAGUUCUGUAUGCACUUUUUACUUAACAUUAUUUUACUUAUCCUCUCCAUCUACUUUUAUUUAUAGAUAUUGCAAAAGUGAGGAGAUUAUUGAUAUUUUGCUUUGAACUUGGCAUCCAGAUUGAGAAUUCUUACCUCAUUCCCUUUCUGGUGGCAUAGUUCUUGGAGUCCACAUUCCCUUAAUGAAUUGCAGUUUCAGAGGAUAUUUAAAUGUUUGAGGCCAUUAUUGCCGAAUGGUUCCUUAGUAAUUAGUCUAGACCCAAAUCAAAACAAGUUGGAUUUGUGAUUUUCAGUUCCUUUCAUAUGUGAAUAAGAAUACAAGGAGUAUGCAUGUGUCCAAAUUAAUUCACUGGAUUUCAGAAAAACAUAUUACACAUAUUGAUUGCCUUGAAUUCAAAUUGUCAUGAAAGCUAUGAUAACAGUGUUCAUCCAUGUUGAUGUGUAUUGAAAAUGAAUCCCCCCCUCCUUUGGGAAUGCUCUUUGAAGCAAGUAACAAACUUUUUUUUAACCUCCUUCCCACCCCUCAAAGAAAUAAAAAGAACAAAGCAAACAUCUUGACUCUUUUUUAUAAUGUAGAUAACUGAGAGAUUACUUUGAGGUUUCAAAUAAAGCUCUUUCUUAUACAAGUUCAGAACUUCUUUUAAAAUCCGCAGCCUAUUAUAGGCAACCAAAAGGAUAUUUCCUAUUUCCAACUGUAAUAUGUAUAAAUUUGUCACUAUAAAAUAUGUAGAAUAUUGUAGAUAAUGUGGUAAUAUGCAUGGUAAAGACAUUGCUUCUAUUGUCUUAAAUUACUUUGAAAAGUAUUUAAAGUUUU